AUGUCCUUGGAUCCCAUCAUGGGCGAGGUGAUUCCACAGGUCCUCGAGCAUCGGAAGCGCUUCGACCGGCAGGCCAGGGGCUUGAAGAUGUACUCGCCCGACUUCCCCGCAGAAGCAGUUGUGGGUGGAGGGCUUUACGAGUACGGCGCGGCCAGUUCUUAUGCGGUGAUUGCCGCGACACGGGGAGAUCUCUUCGCAGCUGAUUCACUGGAAGACUGGCUACGAGCAGUUCCCCUCUCACAUUCAUGGUGCCAGCCACGGUUGAACUGGAGCGCGUUCACGCGAGAACCGCCUUUGUUGCCUUGGGUGGCAUUCAAAGUGGGACAAGCCUCCGAAGGCUCGGCCCUCGCCAACGCCUUCGACAUGGCGGGGCUUCGGAUGCUGCACCGCACAGUGCUUGAGGCCUUGGUGGAGAUCGAUGCAGCAGGAGAGGCCUUGUCCUUCCAAGUGUUGAACUUGGGAGCCAUGGAUGGCCGUUGCAGCGGUGGCCCCUCCACGGACCCCGCCAAUUGUUUGUUGCUGGGCCACUCCGAGCUGCCCGCGCUGGAUCGAGAGGGUCAGAACCGCUCGCGCUGGGGCGGAAUCCUCGUGGAGGUAGAUCCACCCCCUCAGCUCUUUGAACGCUUCGCCGGCCGGGACGACUUGCUGGUGGUGCCGCGCCCCGUCUUCCCGGAGAACGCGUCCGAGCUCUUCGAUGGAUUCGCUCCGAGGCAUCCUGAAAGCUUGGAUUUGCUGAAGAUCGAUCUGGACUCCUUCGAUUGCGAUGUGAUUUCCAGCGUUUUGAGGGUGGGACCUUUGGCGUCCAAUCCUCCCAAGCUGCUCUACAUCGAUUUCAACCCUCACAUUCCUCCACCUUUCCUCUACCGGACCAUCUCCCGCUCCCAGUCCCGCAUCAUACCCUUCCAAGGCUCUUCGCUUCAGUGCUUCUUGGAGGCAGCUCCAGGCUUCCAGCUGCUCCAUGUCGAGCUCUUCAACGCGAUUUUGGUGCGACGCGACCUGCAGCGGAUCUUUCCGGAACUGAGGAAGCCUUGGGGAUCGGAUCCUUUCAAGCAAUGGGCCCACGGCUACUUCUGCCACCCCUUAGCGCGCGUCUUAUGGCACCGCGAGCGGCAGAUCCGCUGGGAGGCUGCUGAUCCGCGCCUUUGGGCCGAUGAGGCCGUGCCCCUGGCGGAGCGUGGGCAGAGUCUGCUGAAGACCUUGGGCCGAGUGAGAGACCGAGCCUUGGGAGAAGAGCUGGGGCAGCUGGGGAAGAGGGUCUUGUAG